UUGAAAUAAUUUAACCUUAAUUGUGAAUAGAUUUGUUGUUGUCUAUUUUUUCAUCAAAUUAAAUCAUCUCAGAUCAAUUAAAUCAUCAAUGGGUGAGUCUAGUGUUCAAAAUCAAUCAAUUAGUGAAUCAAUUAAAGGACAACCAGAAUAUUCAAAUGAAACUUAUUACCGAGCUGAUGAUUAUAUUAAACGAUUACAAUUAGUCAAAUCAAUUGGAAGAAUAUUUUUGUACAAUGAUAAUAGUAAUUCAAAGGACAAUUAUCGUUAUCAAAUUGUAAUUAAAAAAGCAUCUUCAUCAGGAGGUUAUACAAUUUUCUCGACCAACAAUCAACGGGAAAGUGAACGGAUUCUAAUCCGAUUAUCAGCCAUUUUCGAGCAGAUCGAGCGAUUUAUAACCUUUAAAACGAAACAAAAAGUUUUACGAGCUUACAAAUCAAUUGUUGAUGUUGCUUUGUCCCAUAUGGAUUGGCAGUGGAUCCAUAUUGCCACUUUUCUUGAAAUGAUUAACGUAUUUAACUUACCAAUUAGUUGUGAUCAAUUGAACAAUAAUGAAAACGAUUACCUUCAAACUCCACUGUUAAUUGCAAUUAAAACGGGAAAAAUUGAAAUGGUUAAAGCGAUUUUAACAUGUAAACCUGAUUUAACUCUGAUUGAUUUCGAAGGUAAUUCUUGCCUACAUUUAUCAGCAAUUAGUUCAACUAGUUUAUUACGAUUGGUGAUUAAAGAUUUACACCAAGCUCAUGGAUUAACUUUAUUCCAUCAUGUUAAUCAGUUAGGUUAUACUCCGUUCCAUUUGGCCUGUGUCCAUGAAAAGAUUGGUAAUGUUCACGAAUUCAUGAGAAUUGGACUCACGAUAAGACUUUUAACCCUCAAAAGAAUUGAAUCUGAUCAAGAUUCGACGAGAAAUAUUAUCCAAAGAUCUUCACAAUUAAGAGUCAACAAAGAUGAGCAACGAAUCAAUUUCACUCCCGAAAUGUUGGCCGGUAUCGAUUUCAGUGAAUGUAAACACGCCGGUAGUCCACUUCAUUGGUGUAGACGGCAGAAACUGAUGACCCAGUUAAUUGGCUUUGGAUUUAAAUUGUUGACUGUUAAUCAGUUAAACGAAACACCACUUCAUUCAAUGAUUAGGAGUAAGCGACUUGAUUGCAUGUUACCUUUACUCAAUGCGGGGGCAAAUGUCGACAUCCCUGGACCUAAUGGACAAGCACCGAUACACUUUUCGAUUACUGUUGGAUUUCGUGAAGGUUUUCAGGCCUUAAUUGUUUACGAUUGUGAUUUUAAUUUGGUUAACAGUAAAAAUCACACUCCAAGACAUCGUAUAUCCCAACGAUCAACACCAGACCAUUUGGAUAUGUUAUAUGUCCUUGAAAAAUUAGGAGCCUCAAGAUGUCCGGCUAAGACUUACGGCUGUAAAGAUGGUUGUGCUUUCAAGGGUGUUUUCAAUGGUCAUCCAUUGUCCACUUGGCCUGAUCCGAUUCCUGCUCAAUAUUUUAAUCCAUUUAGACAUUUGACUGCAGAUUCGAACUGUAAUUCCUCGAAAACAACAGAAAACAGACAGAAAAAGGUCAACAUGUUGUGUAUCGACGGCGGUGGGAUGAAGGGUUUAUUUGGAAUUCAAAGUUUACUUGAACUGCAAAAGUUACUUGAUAAACCGUUGAUAGAUCAUUUUGAUUGGAUCGGGGCCACUUCAACGGGCGCUAUUAUUGCUGCUUCCUUGGUUGUUGGUAAGCCAUUGAAACAACUACGAGCCGAAUAUUUUGAGUUGAAAGAUGAAAUUUUCAACCCGAAAAGGCCACAUAACACUGAGGCAUUAGAACAGAUUUUAAAGCGUAACAUAGGCGCCGAUCGGAAGAUCAAUUCAAUUACGGAUAAAAAACUAAUGAUCACAGCGAUAUUAGCCGAUCGUGACCCGCCUCGUCUCUAUCUAUUCCGAAGUUACUUACCAAAGAUUGACCUUAAUGAGCCCAUUCAAAUGGAUGGUCAACCCUACAGGUCAUCAGAUGAUUUUGCCGUAUGGGAAGCAAUUAGAGCCUCAUCAGCAGCUCCAGCCUUUUUCAAACCCUAUGGUCCGUUUAUUGACGGCGGUCUAACGUCCAAUAAUCCGACACUUGAUUGUUUAACUGAAUUCUUCAACAAUAACAAUAGUUCACUGUACAAAUCUUCAUGUUCAAAAAUUUCAAUUGAUGACGAUUCAUCAUCGGAGAUACUCAAUCUUGUCCUGUCCAUCGGUAAUGGUAAACCAAGGCCAAUCUCCGUUGGUAACUACGAUUUUGGUAACAUGGCUUUCCGUAAGAAUCCAGUUGGCGCCUUUAGAUCAGCAAUUAAAUACAUCACGCUGGGCGAGCUAGUGGUCAAACUGGCCACUCAUCCCGAUAAUCACGUUGUCCAGCGGUCAAAGGCCUGGUGUGGGUCACUUGGGAUUCCAUAUUAUCGGCUUAAUCCUCCAUUGAAAGAGAAACUUCCGCUCGAUGAAACUCGAGAUGAAAAGAUAGUCGAGGGGAUGCUUUUCGCUAAGAUCUUCAUGUACACGAUUAGAGAUCAAGUGAAAGAAAUUUUCGAUUUGAUUAAAUUGAGUUAACAAAUCUACUGAUUGUGAAACAAUCAAUGUUAACCAUUCAACGAAAUCAACAAUUUGUAAACCAAAUAAAAGAGUUGACGUAGUUUUCAUUUUGA